CGGCUGGCAGCGCUCCGCGCCCGGGCUGCCAUAAAGCGGGGGCGGCAGCAGGGGAGCGCGGCUCGGGCCCCGGAGGAGGCGGGAGAGGCAGCGGGAGCAGCGCGGGAUGAGGCCGCAGCAGCCGCCCCCGCCGGGCGGCCCCGCCGCGCUGGAGGCGCUGAAGCAGCGGGCGUGCGAGGCCGUGGAGCGCAGCGCGGCGCGGCUGGGCGCGCUGAGCCGCCGCAUCUGGAGCCGGCCCGAGCUGGCCUACCAGGAGCAGCAGGCGCACGACAGCAUGACCGGCUUCUUCUCCAGCGCGGAGCUGCCGGGCGCCGCCUGGGCCGUGCAGCCGCGCUACAAGCUGGGCACGGCCUUCCGCGCCGACUGGGCCGCGGCCGCCCCGCCGCAGGGCGCUCGGCCGCUCCGCCUCGCUUUCCUCUGCGAGUACGACGCCUUGCCCGGCAUCGGCCACGCCUGCGGGCACAACCUGAUCGCCGAGGUGGGAGCCGGCGCCGCGCUGGGGCUGAAGGCCGCCCUGGAGAGCCUGGCGCCCGAGGCGGCCGCGGCCGCGCAGGUCACGGUGCUGGGGACGCCUGCGGAGGAACAGGGAGGAGGGAAGAUAGACCUGAUCAAGGCGGGAGCGUUCGACGGGCUGGACGUGGUCUUCAUGGCGCACCCCUCGCAAGAAGACGCGGCCUACCUGCCCGACGUGGCCGAGCACGAUGUGACUGUGAAAUACUAUGGAAAAGCUUCUCAUGCUGCUGCUUAUCCUUGGGAAGGAGUUAAUGCUUUAGAUGCUGCUGUUCUUGCAUACAACAAUCUGUCUGUUUUAAGACAGCAAAUGAAACCGACCUGGAGAGUUCAUGGUGUAAUAAAAAAUGGUGGCGUGAAACCUAACAUCAUUCCUUCUUACACUGAACUAGAGUUUUACUUGCGUGCCCCUUCAAUGACAGAUCUUGCUCUUCUGACAGAGAAGGUUGAGAACUGCUUCAGAUCAGCAGCACUGGCCACAGGAUGCAAAGUGGAAAUAAAAGGUGGUGAAAAUGAUUAUUACAAUGUGCUUCCAAAUAAGAGCCUGCAGAAGGUUUACAAGGAGAAUGGAAAGAAGCUUGGAAUAGAGUUUAUAUCAGAAGACUCUAUCUUGAAUGGUUUGUCAGGUUCCACAGACUUUGGAAAUGUUACAUUUGUAGUCCCUGGGCUUCAUCCUUAUUUCUAUAUUGGCUCUGAUGCAUUGAAUCAUACUGAGGAAUACACAGAAGCUGCAGGGUCACAGACUGCUCAGUUCUACGCUUUGCGCACAGCAAAAGCUUUGGCAAUGACAGCCCUGGAUGUCAUUUUCAAGCCAGGUCUGCUGGAAGAAGUCAGGGAAGACUUUAGACAGGUGAAGCUAAAAGAAGAGGGGCAAAUAAAUCCAGUAGAAUCUAACAAAGCGUCCAGUGUUGGCACAGGAGCAUGUGCAUCACAUUAAACUUCAUUAAAUCUCUCUCAGUAGGAUUGUCUUAAUGCAGAUCCUGGACUGAAAUUCCAGAAGAAGCUGGAUAAACAUACAGCUGAAUAAAUGUUUGUUGUUGUUUUUUUUUUUACCAGGGGAGAAACAAGUAGAAUAAUUGCUUUUAAAAAUGUGCAAUUUCAUCUAGCUAUAAUGUUUGCUGCAUUCAAUAUGGUGAUGAAUUUCAGAGAAACAUCUCAAAUAUGUUGUCUUUAAGUUGCAGUGUUGAAUAAAUGAUAGUGUUUAGAUCCCUUGUCAGUGAUUUUCUAUGUAUUGCUGGAGUAAUAUUCCUUGUAGGGGAAAUACAGCAUUUAUAUGGAAAUGUUCUAAAAUAAGCACUGUUCACAUCAUUCAUCACAGGCUGAAUCUGAUCUGUGAGACGUUUCUUUCUGACCAGUCACUUUUUCUUGGGACAAGAUGGAGACUUAAAACUUGAGCUGGUUUCACUGGAGAGAAAGCUGUAUGUUUGGAAGCAUGCCUGGUUUUGAUAAUAGCUGCUUCUAGCAGUGGAAGGGAACUGUUUGUAUGGAAAUGUGAUCUGUAAAGGUUGAUUGUCCUGAAAUGUAUUGACCUUCCUCCUAGUAAGUUUUGGAGGUGAAGUCAUUGAUCAAAAGUUCAGAAAGCAACUGAAUGUUUAUUGGUUUAAAUGAACACAUUUGAAUUACUGCAGGAAAAUGGUGUGCACCUUUUUUCAAGUUCUGCUUUGAGACAAUACAGGUGUCCACACAAGGUGUUGCACUAGUUUAACUGCUCUGAAGGGUGUGUAUGAAGUUAGCUAACCCAGUGGAAAUCUUUUUCCCUGAGAUGCAAGCGUGGUACCACGAUGCAGUCAAUGAAGUAACCAUAAGCUGAUUUGUGUGCACACCCCUGUGGUAAGCUUUGAGAAACUUGCACUGAGGAUUGCUUGUGCAGUAACGGGCUUCUCAAAAUUGUUUGUUCCCAUAUCCUAAGCAGCACAUCUGUUAAUUCUUGCCAGUUGUACUUUGUGUUGCGUGGUUAGACUGUUUCAUCCUGGUUAUUUUGCUUCCCAGAUAAAUUUGUUGCAUAUUUCAUCUCGGUGGUGUUCUGUUUGUCAAACCUGUUAUGAAUUUAUUUUCAUUUGCUUGAUAGAGGCUCACAUGAGUACAAAGAGAAGGAACUAAUCUUUUGUUGAGAUAGAAAUUGCUGAGCCAAUACAGACUGAGUGAAAAAGCAGCUUACUGCUUUGCAUUUUCCUAAGCCAUAGGUAUUGUAGGAAGCUUCUGAAGAGAAGCCAGGCAAGCCCUGUUCCCCAGCAAGUCCAAAUACCCCAAAUAAUUUCAGAAACCUUGUGUUUAACAACACUAGUCUCUAAAUGGUAAGCUCUAGAAUUCUAACCAGAAUUUGUUUUAUUAAUUGCUAUAUUCAAUUUCUAAGUUUGGAAAAAACCCAGAUUCCUUAUCUUGGUAUAACUGUGCACUCCCUCUGCAUUUCUGUGCACUAUAAAACAGACCUCCAGCUGCUAUUUAAGAAUUCUAUUAAGACUCUUCCAUCUAGGAAGGAAAAAAGUACAACUAGGCUGACUUCUGUUUGUAUCUCAUGUGGACAGUAGAGACAACAUCAUUUGGCAGUUUUCAGACUUUCUGAUACUUAGGUCUCUGUAGUAACAGGGUGCAGAGUAUCUGCUAAUGUGUUAAAUGCUCAGUGUCUUUGGAAAAAGAAAGUAACUUUGCAUCUGUUUCUGUAAAGUAAAGGCACAAAAAAUAAAGGGUUUUGUUUUGUAUUACAAGCCUGUUACAGUACAACAAUCACAGUUAUUUGAAAUGUUGAGCAUAACCUUCAGUAUUCCAGGCUACAGGAUGGUCUGUCCUUACACCAGUAUCCUUGUUUUUGUUAGCAGACAGUUUUGACAGGUAAAUGCAUGAAACAGAUGAGGAUUGGACUCUGAGCUAUAGGGAGGUCAGGAUAGUAAGUUAGAUGUUUAACUGAAAUUUGGUCUGAUAUCUGUCAAAGAAACUUUCUGCUUAACUAUUAAACCCUACCCUUGUUCUCAGACACAAUUAGAAUUACUAAAUUCUGCUGGGUUGAUGAAUAGUUUAUUAAUUUCCCUAUCAUAAUUUCCUCCUGUAUGAGAUGCUUAACUUCUUGUGUUGCUGUUUUUAAGAUGUAGUUUUGGAAUCGUGGUGAUAGGAAUAUAUGCUGCCUUGCUGGGUUUCUUACACACUGAAGUGCAUUACAGCCUUCCAAGUUCUUUGUCCAGACUAGCUGGCUGUUGCCUGCAUCUUGUCCAAGAUCAUUUAAUUAAACAUUUCUUCUCUAAAAGCACAUCUUAAUUUUGUUGCAAUCAUUGCUGGAAUCAAAGUGAAACUGAAAUACUGAUUUAAAGAUGGAUUGAUUGCAAUAAAGCAAUUUAAUUGUGACUGAA